AUGGACUUAACUCAAAAAUCUAAGAAAUCAAGUUACUGUCAUAGAGGGCCACUAAUGGUGGACAUAUACGCUACGAGAAAUCGUUACGAUCAGACUGUACAGUUCGAAUGGUACAGUUUAACGUACAUGGCAUACAAGCCAUAUACACUACGAGAAAUCGUUACGAUCAGACGGUACGAUAAACAGUGCCGACGCAUGUCAGCGAUGGCUUCGACGGACGACGUUUUAGCAGUUGUUGGAUUAAUAUUCGCCCUUAAAGAAAAAAAAGUGAAGCGCAAAAAGCGUAGCAUCUGGUGCAAAGAAUGGCUAAUGAAAAGAAGUGUUAAUUCUCAUGUCAAUUUGUUGGCGGAAUUAAUGAUGAUUCCAAAAGACUGGCACAAUUUUUUAAGAAUGGAUCAUGAUACGUACUCGUACUUACAUCUAUUGAAUAUGGUAGCACCAAUUAUCGAGGAGCACUAUUAUGAGAAAUGCUAUUCCACCCCAUGA